CGCCGGUUCCCCGGUUCCCCAGGCCCGCGGCGUCGUUGGCCGGCCCGGCGGCCUGGCAGCUGGCGGCGCGGUGUGUGCCGUGCGUGGCGCCCGGCGAGCGAGCGGGGCGCGCACCCUCCUCGGUGCCGGCUUUUUCCGCGCCGGCGGCUCCUGCGCCCCAUGCGGAGGAGAUGGGGGUGCGAAGCGUUGGUUUCCUCUGAGAACCGAGGGGAGAAUGGAGAGUCUUGGGAGCCAUGAUUUGAAACCGCGUUACAUGACUUGGCCGCGCACAAAGCUUGGGAUUGGGAUGCGCAUCGCCGAGGUCGCUGUCAGCAACAUGUCGAAGGUACUCUACUAAAAGCUAGAAUGAAACAGUUACCUACAGCAACGGUUCGCCUCCUUUCAAGCUCCCAGAUAAUCACGUCAGUGGUCAGUGUUGUAAAAGAGCUCAUUGAAAACGCCUUGGAUGCAGGGGCCACAAGCAUAGAUGUCAAACUGGAGAAUUAUGGAUUUGAUAAAAUUGAAGUGAGAGACAACGGUGAAGGUAUCAAGGCCACUGAUGCACCUGUGAUGGCAGUGAAGUACUACACCUCGAAAAUAAAUAGUCAUGAAGAUCUUGAAAAUUUGAGAACUUACGGUUUUCGUGGUGAAGCCUUGGGAUCAAUUUGUUGUGUAGCUGAGGUUUUAAUUACAACUAGGACAGCUGCUGAUAAUUUUAGCACCCAGUAUGUUUUAGAUGGCAGUGGCCACAUAAUUUCUCAAAAACCUUCACAUCUUGGUCAAGUAGCCAGUCUAAUCUGGAUGGCCAGUGACUUUGCAUCACCCACAUUUCUCAUGCUUUCCUGGAUUCAUCUCCAUGAGAACUAUGAAGUAACAGUUCUUAAAUAUGGAAACCUUCGGAUCUUUGCCUGUUUUCUGAUUGAUUUUUCUUUUCUUGUUGACCUACAUCUUCUACUUUUAGUGAGAUCAGGUACAACUGUAACUGCUUUAAGAUUGUUUAAGAACCUACCUGUAAGAAAGCAAUUUUACUCAACUACUAAAAAAUGUAAAGAUGAAAUAAAAAAGGUCCUAGAUCUCCUCAUAAGCUAUGGAAUACUUAAACCUGACUUAAGGAUUCUUUUUAUACAUAACAAGGCAGUGGUUUGGCAGAAAACGAGAGCAUCCGAUCAUAAGAUGGCUCUCCUGUCUGUUCUGGGGACUGCUGUCAUGGGCAACAUGGAGCCUUUUCAGUACCACUCGGAGGAAGCUCAGAUUUAUCUAAGUGGAUUUCUUCCAAAGCAUGAUGCAGACCACUCUUCCACAAGUCUUUCAACCCCAGAAAGGAGUUUCAUCUUUAUAAACAGUCGACCAAUACACCAAAAAGACAUAUUAAAGUUAAUCCGGCGUUAUUACAAUCUGAAGUGCCUAAAGGAAUCUACUCGUUUGUAUCCCAUUUUCUUUCUGAAAAUUGAUGUUCCUACAGCUAACGUGGAUGUAAAUUUAACACCGGAUAAAAGUCAAGUAUUGUUACAGAACAAGGAAUCUGUUUUAAUUGCUCUUGAAAAUCUGAUGAUGACUUGUUACGGAUCACUACCUAGUACAAAUUCUUAUGAAAAUAGUAAAACAGAUGUUUCCUCAGCUGACAUGGCUGUUAGUAAAAAAGCAGAAACAGAUGUGCUUUUUAAUAAGACGGAAUCAUCUGGAAGUAAUUAUCCAAAUGUUGAUACUUCGAGCAUUUCUUUUCAAAAUGAUGUGCAUGCUGAUGAAUCCGGAGAAAACGUUAACGGUUGUUUAAAUCAUAUUCACGUUCAUGACCAUUAUGACGACCAUUUUAUUAGUGAAAAUUCUAACAUGGAUAACACUAAAAAUACAUUUCUGGAGAUCCCAGUGGAUAAUUUAUCAAGUGAGGACACCCAGAAGGAAUAUACUGAAACUUGUUUUGUAGGGUCUGUGACGCACGCCCAAUCAGAAAAUGGCAGUCAAGGCCGUAUGGAUGAGAGGGCGGGAAGUGAGAAAGCAGCAGUUCCUGAGAAGCCUGUGGAAAUUUGUGCCGAUGACUGGAGCAGGGGAAAUGCACUCAAAAAUGCGACGGGAGAAAACAUCGAGCCUGUGCAGAUCCUAGUGCCUCCGGGAAGGUCAGCACGUGAAGGAAGUGAGAGGAGCCCCCCAAGCCCUGACCAGGGGAAUCCCAGUGACGGGUCCUGGAACAAAAAGUCAAACGUGGUGGAUCACAAGUCAGGACAGCUGACCGCUUACGAUUUAAUCAGCCGUCGCGCCAUCAAGAAACCCAUGUCAGCAAGCGCCCUUUUUGUUCACGAUCAUCGUGUUCAGUUUCUCACAGAAAAUCCUCAGACCAGUUUGGAGGCUGCAACGAUACAGAUGGAAGAACUGUGGAAGACAUUGAGUGAAGAGGAAAAGCUGAAAUAUGAAGAGAGGGCUACUAAAGACUUGGAACGAUACAAUAGGCAAAUCAAGAGAGCCAUUGAACAGGAGUCACAAGCCUCACUACAAGAUGGCAGAAAAAAGAUAAAACCCACAAGCUCGUGGAGUUUGGCACAGAAGCACAAGUUGAAAACAUCAUUAUCUAAUCAGCCAAAACUGGAUGAGCUUUUCCAGUCCCAAGUUGAAAAAAAAAAGAGUCAAACCAUUAAAAUAGUUCAAAUUCACUUUUCUAUGGAAAACUUUAAAAAAAAUGUAGAGAAACACAAGAAAUUUGAACCAGAAGAGAAGGACGAACUUUGCUUAAUCCACAAUCUCAAGUUUCCUGAUGGAUGGCUAGUUACAUCCAAAACAGAGGUAAUGUUGCUAAAUCCAUAUAGAGUGGAAGAAGCCCUGCUCUUUAAAAGACUUCUUGAGAAUCAUAAACUUCCUGCAGAGCCAUUGGAAAAACCAAUUAUAUUAACAGAGAGUCUUUUUAAUGGAUCUCAUUAUUUAGAGAUUUUAUAUAAAAUGACAGCAGGUGACCAAAGCUACAGUGGAUCAACUUACCUGUCCGAUCCUCGUCUUACAGCAAAUGGUUUCAAGAUAAAAUUGAUACCAGGAGUUUCCAUUGCUGAAAACUACUUAGAAAUAGAGGGAAUGGCUAACUGUCUUCCGUUCUAUGGCGUGAUGGAUUUAAAAGAAAUUCUUAAUGCUAUAGUCAACAAAAAUGCAAAAGAAGUUUAUGAAUGUAGACCUCGCAAAGUGAUAAGUUAUUUAGAGGGAGAAGCGGUGCGUCUAUCUCGACAAUUACCCAUGUACUUACCAAAGGAGGACAUCCAAGACAUCAUCUACAGAAUGAAGCACCAGUUUGGAAAUGAAAUUAAAGGGUGUGUUCAUGGUCGCCCAUUUUUUCAUCAUUUAACUCAUCUUCCAGAAGCUACAUGAUUAAACAUAUUUAAGAAAAUUAGUUACUGUUGAAAUUGAUUUGGUCAUAAAUAAUAUGAAUCAGUGUUUGAACUAUCUCUGAACAGUGUUCAUUGGUUCACUUAUUUUAAGUGAAGAUUUACUGGCUUAUUUGUAUAUUGAAAACUUUUAAACUGUAGAAAACUUAAAUAAACUAAUAUAGACUAUUCAUUUUA